UCGCUGGUCCCCCGCUCAGCUGUACAGCGUCCCUACCAUACAGCGCCCAAACACACCGUCUACCGUGUGCGUCGCUGCUUGCCUCCGGAUUACGAACGUUUACUAAUAUUUGCAUUAUUUUAUUUAUGCGUUUCAGAAAGCAAUAAACUAGUAUUGCAUAUUUAAAUUAACGAUUGCUUACUUUUCAAAAGUAGCAAUUAAUUUAAUCAGCCUGUAAUUUAAUUAAGUGACUCUUUGGGGGGCAGGUGCAGUUUAGUCUGGGUCAAUGUAUAUAGACGUGUUAAAACGCCUUUUUUUGGAGCGUAUAAAUUGCUUGAAAAGAAUGUGUGUUUGUCAGCGCCAAUACAGCUCACUGGCCAUGUCUAAAGUUGCUGUGAAGAAGCUACACUGGCACUCCAAGGUGCAGGAGAGCUUCGUCCCCCUGGGCGGGGCCUCGGGAGAGCUGGGCAUUGCUGUGGGGGGCGGGGCUGACUACGGGGAAUUUCCAUUCGUCACCGCAGCACCUGGGGGAGGGGCCACAGUGGGCGACAUCAUCCUGGAAAUCGGGGGGACCCCUGUGCUGGGAAUGACGCUGGGGGAUGUCAGGGGUGUCCUGAACUCCUGCCCCCACCCUAUCCGGAUCAAGACUGUUUCACCAGGGUCCACCCUCUGUAAGGACCUGCGGCUCUACCUGAGUAAGUGCUUCACCCCGGGUUCUGUGGACAGCCAGCUGCAGCAGGUGAUCCGGGAGAAUCUGUACCUGCGGGCCGUGCCCUGCACAACUAGGCCACCACGGGAUGGCGAGAUCUCCGGGGUGGACUACAACUUUGUCUCCAUUGAGGAAUUCUUCUCCCUGGAGGAAUCUGGUGCCCUAUUGGAGAGUGGCAAGUUCAAGGGGAACUACUACGGCACCCCCCGGCCAGUCCACAUUGGGCUGGAGAGCCCUCCCAUCACCUAUCAGGAGCACCGUAACCUUCUGAGGAACUUCCGCACCCGCAGCAAGUCCCUGAGCAACUUGGAGAAGGCGGCAGAAGAAGGAGAGAACAGCGAGGAGGACUCGGGGCUGUCGGCGGGCUCGGUGGGGGCCAGCAGUGCCCCGCCCACUACCCUGUCCCCCAGCCAAUCCCGGGACUCCAGCGGCGGAGACGGCAGCACCCUGGAGAAUGGGGGCAGUGCGAGCGCUGGCCCGGGAGGCCUGCCUGAAAAUUGGGACCUAUCGUUCAGCGACUCUGGGGAACCGUGCUACGUGGAUCAGACCUUGAAGACGACCAGCUGGCUGGAACCGAGGGCGCAGGGCAGAGAGACUGCCAACAUGGAUGAGCUGCCUCCGUUCACCGACCAACCCGGCGAGUUGCGAGGAUAUUCUGUCCACACCCGUCUGUGCAAAGGGCCACGUGGCUUUGGCUUCAACAUCGUGGGGGGCAGCCGGCCGCGGGAGUUCCUGCAAGUGUACAGUGUCACGCCGGGGGGGCCGCCGACACUCAACACAGCGGAUAUCCUGGUGUACAUCAAUGACACCUGUGUCCUGGGCAUGUCCCACAAGGACGUGGUGGAGCUCCUGAAGGCCGUGCCGGUGGGCCACAGCGUGGACGUGGUGGUGCGCCGAGGGUACCCCAUGCUCUACAACUCUGACGGCUGCCCCAAACAGCUCACGGCCAUGGCCCCGACCACGCGGCAGCCGCAGCCGCUGCGCUCGCAGACGCGCAGGCAGGCAGCGCCUCGCACGCAAGCCACGCGGCUCCGCCUCGGGGGGCCUCGGCUCACCCCUGGCUCGCCAGUGAGCGCCAUCCUGGACGCCAACGGCAACGCCACUCCCGCAGGCCCCAGCAGCCUGCCCACCUACCCCGACCCAAACGGAGACCCUAGGCUCAGGCCGAGCUCUGCUCGCCGGCCCCAUUCGCUGAUGCCGGUACCCCCGCCCCCCCCACCCGACCACUCCCCAGGCCAGAGCGAUGUGGAGGCGGGGCCUGCUGGCAGCUCACACAGAGCCUCCUCCAUCCGUAACCAUAACAACAACUCUCUCCCUGGGCUGACCACCCUCAACCGACCCCCUCCCAAGUCCCCUGGAAGCAGCCUUUCCGCCCUCGGGCUGCCCACCGGUAGAAUCUCGCUGUCCCAGCUGGAGGUGGGAUCAUCUGUGUCCCCACGGGGCACUCGCUCCCGUGCCCUAGCCACUGUGUCUGCGCCACCUGUUGCGGACGGCCCCCCCUCUGGCUUCAGCGGCUGGCCCUCGAGCGCCGGACCCAGCUCCGGAAGCAGCCUGUCCCCUGGGGGCCCGACUGGGUCCUCGGGGGACCUGAUACCCGUGGUCCUGGGCCGGAGCGAGGGCAUGGGUGGCCUUGGCUUCAGCGUGACGGCUGGGGGCCAGGGGGGGCGCUUGGCCCUGGUGAAGAGGGUGUGGGACCGGCGGCAUUGCCCCUCUCUGCAGCCAGGGGACGCCAUCAUCAAGAUCAAUGGAGCUGAUGUGCAAAGCCUCAGUUUCGCUCAGGUGCAGAGAGCAUUGCAGGAGCACACCAAGCAAGGGGAUGUCACUUUGCUGAUAUACAGAGGCAGCCCCUCCUACUCUCCCAACUCCCCCGGUUCAGUCAGACAUGCUCCCCCAUUCCUCUACCGUGGCUCUCAACUUGCCGGGACAUCCGGCAAAGCCCCCCCCAUGGAUGCCUUGACUCCGGCAUCUGCCCGCGUGCGUACCCCUUCCCCAGCCAUGGACCGGCCCGCCCUGGUCCAGAGCACCAGCUUCCUGGACCUGGUGCCCAUCUCGCUCACAGCAGAGCCGCGGGACUGGCUGACUGUGGAAGAGGGGCCCAUCCCGGCAGACAAGGGCCACGAGGUGAGCCGGAGCCCUAUCCUCUCCAGGGCGGUGGAGGUGGAGCUGAGGAGAAGGCCGGGAGAAGGCUUUGGCUUUGUUAUCGCGACCCAGGACUCGGAAAACGGUCGAGCUCCCCCUCUGCUGCCACAUCGCUUUGUAACGGUGCGCCGUGGCAGCCCAGCAGCCCGCAGCGGGCAGAUCCGUCCCGGCGACCGGCUGGAGGCGGUGGAGGGCCGCUGCGUGGCGACACUGCCGCACCGUGAGGUCACCCAGAUGCUGCGGCGUGCCGGCACCACACUGCGCCUCACUGUCGUGCCCCGCAGCGCAGUCAGCUACUCCUCCGCCCUCUCCGAGUCCAUGGCGCUUGAGCCUGCCUACAGAGCCAGGAGAACUUACAGGUUGCGGUCCAAGGACUCCAAGUACUACAAUGUGGACCUCGAUCGGGGACCCACGGGCUUUGGAUUCAGCCUGCGGGGGGGCAGCGAGUACAACAUGGGUCUCUAUGUGCUGGGGCUCAUGGAAGGAGGCCCCGCCUCUCGAAGCCAAAAGAUACAGGUCAGCGAUCAGCUGGUGGAGAUCAACGGCGACAGCACGGCAGGUAUGACCCACAGCCAGGCCGUGGAGCAGAUCCGCCGGGGGGGGCACCGUAUCCACCUGGUGCUGAAGAAGGGAAAUGGAUACGUGCCUGACUACGUGGAGCUGUCCAGUUUGUCGCUGUGUAUGACCAACUCCAAACUGGGCGAGCCUUGUUUCUAUGUCGUCGGCCGGACAGAGAACAUGCGGUUGGUAACCGUUCCUGCCGUGAUCCCCGCAGAGCCCCCUCCUUCCCCCCACUCCAUCCUGACCACCCGGGUGUGGCUGCAGUAGGUGUCUCUGACUCCUUCCGCCCCUGGAAGAGUCAGAGAUCAAAGGCGGUGAGGUACAGACAGGCUGGCCAAGGGUGGGGAAGGUGGGGCAAGGAGCCCUGAAAUGGACAUGGAUACAGAGGAAGAUGGAGGGCGCACUGGUGUGAGAAGUCAUGGACAGGGGUGGGACAAAGCUGAGAAACUGGGGGGUGCCAACAGGGGGUGGAGGGGGUGGUGGUGUGA